AUGCUUUUUAGAGGUACCACCCGCGGGGCUGCAGCCGUCCGCCGCGCGUUUACCGCCAAGACGUUCUCUACAACCGUCGCCAGCCUCCAGGAAGCGUCCCCUCCGUUGAAGGCCAACGGCAGACCCAAGACACGGGGCGGGCAGAACCGCAACAAGCACAAUCCAGACCGCAAGUUCCAGCCGCCACACCCGCAGUUGGUACAGAUCAGCUCGCAGCUUAGUUUGAUCGUGGAGCAGGGUGAGACGGCGGAGGCGCUCGAAUUGCUCGGUAAGAGUGUCGAAUUUCUCCGCCAGAUCCCAGAGGUUUCCGCGCGCGCGUUAGUAAAGCAGUUUGCCGAGAUCGGCAACACGUUACUUGUCAAGGCUUCCAGCGCCAACUCCACCACUUCACCGUUCGAGGUAUUGAACGCGCUCACACAACACGGCGUGUCGCACAUUUCUCACUACCUGGCUGUGAUGCAGUACGCUGUUGCAAAGGGCCAGUUCGACGAGGCGUUUGCCGUGUGGGUGCAGUACAAGGAGGCCGUGCAGGCCAAUGCGGAUGUGAACGUGUUCUUGAAGACCCAUCCGUACUCCAACAACGACAUCGUGCGCACGACCUACCUCACGUACGUGAUGUCGUGUAUUUCCAAGGCGAUCGUGCCAGAGUACAAGACCGCGUUGUCGGUAUUGCAGGUGGACGCUUUGCCCGAAGCUAACCACAUGAGAAACUUCAUGAAGACGCACUCAGCGCUCGUGCCAAAGGGCGGGGCUAUUUCUAUGGACGCGGUCUCCUCCGUCAUCCGCAAGCUCAACGUAAGCGCCUUGGAUCCAAACGACGGCAAGUUGUACCUUGAAGCCGAGCGUGCCGCGACCGACGGCAAAUUUGCGGCCGUGGACCGCAUCUUGGACUCAAUCCUCGCGUCCGACAAGCCCGUAGCCGAGACCACGAUGGUGCGCUUCAUGAACUUGUACGCAGUCAGGGGCCAGCGCUACGUCAAGGCGCUUGAGAUUUUCAACACGUUGCUCCAGUCCGGGAUCAAGCCGACGGCACCAACCUUCAACGCGGCCAUCAUGACGCUUGCAAAGUUUGCCAAGCAGCCGGUGGAGGCGCGCGUGGCCAAGGUCCAGGAGAUCUUGAAGACAAUGGAAAGCUUGGAGGUGGCGCCCAACAAGGACACCUACGCCAGUUUGAUUGAGCUCUACGCCGUGGCGCGCAAGUUCGACGAGGUGGACAAGUUGUAUGCGUCCGUCAACAAGACGCAGGUGGUGCGAGACGCGUAUGUCGCGUCCAUGGUUGCGCGCGGCGACUUGCCGAAGGCCGCUCGCGUGUUGCAGACGAUGAUCGCGGAGGACGACUACGUGCCGAAUGCGCGCGUCUUCAACAAGUUCAUCCAGCAUCAUAUCGCCAACCGGGAGUACGAUCAGGCCGCCAAGUCUCUCAACGCACUCUACGAGUGCGGCGGGUCUCCAGACGUGGCCACCUACACCAUGACCAUCGACCUCUUGUUCAAGAGCAGCAGACGCAACGGUGCCACGCCAGACUUUGGCUUGAUCGUCAAGACGUUGGAGGAGAUGUCGCAGCACGGCUUGCCAAACAAUAUCUACACCUUGACUGCCAUUUUGGACGGGUUGUUGAAGAACGGUACCGACUUGGAGGCUGCCAGGGCCAUCUGGAAGUACAUGCAGCUGACCUUGAAGUACACCCCUACCAAGACCACCUACACCACCAUGAUCAGCGGCGAGUUGGACUUUGGCGACACUGCACGCGCGGAGGCGUUGUUCGCCGAAAUGCUUGCGAGAGCCGAGUUCCACAAGCAGGCAUCCGACUGGAACUUGAUGAUUGUCGGCUUUGUCAAGAAGGGCGAUGCCGCCAGGGCCCAGGAGUACUUUACCAGAAUGCAGCAGGCGGGCGAGAAGGACGUCAAGCAGCGUCCAAACCAUUACACCUUCGGUUUCAUGAUGCGUGACGCCAUCAGACGCGAGGACUGGGCCGCCGUCUCGGACAUGUUGGCCGUGUACGUCGCCUACCGCUUGCCGCUUGCCGUGCCCCAGAUCUUGACCAUCUUGGGCAAUUUGGACGCCACUAAGGUUGCUUUCCCGCAGGAGGUCAAGGACAUCUUGGCACAAGAGAGCUCUGCCAGAUACGCCAACCGCAAGUUGGCCUUGUAA